CUGCAACUGCACACGCCGGCUCCCCAGCCUCUGUGCUGGGGGAAGGAUUUUUAGAAUUUGCUUUUUGGAGCAGGUAAAUUCCUGCAGAGUCAGAAUGUCCAAACCCUCUCGCUUGGCUCGACCUCUACCAGCUAAUACGGCUCCUAAAUCACCUUCGUCUCGGAAAGAAGAUUUUAACAGCCGGUCGCGAAAAAUUAGUUUAGGUGAAAAGAUUUUGAGAGCUGGCAGUGAAGGAAACCUGGUUAAACAGCAUCAGCAAGAACAGGUGGAAAUCACAGAAGUGCUUGUGCCACGGAGAGCUCCUUUUCUGAAAGACCAGGGAAAACACAGUUUGCAUGUAACAUCACUAGACGAUGCAGAAUGUCUCCGAUCUAAGGAUCUGCUUUCGACUCCAAACAGUCACACUCCUAACUCCAAGUCCACCCGCAACAUCCCUCGAAGACAUACAGUAGGUGGCCCUCGCAGCUCCAAAGAAAUACUGGGAAUGCAAACCUCGGAAAUGGACAGAAAGAGAGAGGCUUUUCUUGAGCAUCUGAAACAGAAAUAUCCCCAUCAUGCUACAGCAAUCAUGGGACACCAGGAGAGACUGAGAGAUCAGACAAGAAGCCCAAAGCCGUCGCAGAGCCCACAGCCCAAUUUGGGUGACCAGACAGAGCAUCUAUCUGAAGCGUCUGCUGAUUCCUUAGAGGCCAUGUCUGAGGGUGAUUCUCCGACUCCCUUUUCGCGGGGCAGCCGCACACGGGCGAGCCUUCCUGUCGUGCGGUCAGCAAACCAAACCAAGGAGAGAUCACUGGGUGUUUUAUAUCUUCAGUAUGGAGACGAAACAAAGCAGUUGAGGAUGCCAAAUGAAAUCACAAGCACAGACACAAUUCGUGCCCUUUUUGUAAGUGCCUUCCCCCAGCAGCUGACAAUGAAAAUGCUGGAAUCGCCCAGUGUGGCCAUUUACAUCAAGGAUGAGAGCAGAAACAUAUACUAUGAAUUGUGUGAUGUGAGGUAA